UAUAAAAAUCAGGCACUGAAGGGUAGUGUGUGCGUGAUGUUUAUUCGAAUAAUUAUGCAACGAUUUUAAAUUAAUAAUAAUAAAACCUGAGAAUCAACUAAUCUAUUUUUGUAAUAUUAAUGCGUAAAACACUAGAUCCAUGUGUAUUGGCUUUGUUUUAAGUGAUACGUUAAACGUUGUAUUUUAUAAAAAUGACAUCGUUGAUGAGUUUACGUAGUAAUUUAACACUUGGAAUACGAAAAUGGAAAAGCAGUAUAACACAACUACCGAAAAAAAGUCCAGAAAAUGGGUUAUGCAGGAGUUUUUCAACACGCGAGUUAUUAAAAGAGGCAUAUUGUCGUACGAAGCUAAAAUUUAAAUCUAAAAAAUUACCUCAAGAUGUAAAUCCAAGAGGCGUAUUUGCCUGCAAUGAGCUGGAUCUUUCUGAAGUCAAAGUGUAUGGUUUUGACUAUGAUUAUACUUUGGCACAUUAUAAACCGAGUCUGGAGCAUCUGCUCUAUAAUCUCGGCAGAGAAAUACUAUUAGAAAAGUAUAAGUAUCCUCCAGAAAUAUUACAGUUGGAGUACAAACCUAAUUUCGCUGUAAGAGGUUUACAUUAUGAUAUAGAGAAAGGCCUCCUUUUGAAACUGGACUCCUUUUUACAAAUACAAUUUGGGGCUGUGUACCGAGGUCUCUCGCAGGUGUCUUCUGAGGAAGUGCUCAAGUUAUACAGGAACAGAAUCAUACCCAUCGCAUAUGUUGAGGGAGAUACUAGAGCUCAUAAACCGAAUAGAGCUAAGAUGGUGCAUUUAGCAGAUUUAUUUUCAGUUCCUGAAAUGGGUUUACUGUGUAACGUAGCUGAGUAUUUUAUCAAAAAUCACAUUGACUAUCAUCCUGAAAUUUUGUUCUUAGAUGUCAAGAACUCAGUGCAAAGCUGCCAUCCUAUAAUGCACAAGAUAGUUGCUCAAAAUGUGAAGGAGUACAUAAGGCCCAAUGCAGACCUGAGGAAAUACUUUCAAAUGCUGCAGGAUAAUGAUAAGAAGCUCUUCCUCGUGACAAACAGUCCAUAUCAUUUUGUUAAUGCAGGCAUGGAGAUGUUGGUAGGCCAUGACUGGCGAGACUAUUUCGACGUAGUGAUCGUGAACGCGAAUAAACCCAAGUUCUUCACGGAGGUGUCGCGGCCCAUCCGAGUGUUCGACAAAAACGCCAAUACACACAUUUGGGAAAAAGUCACGUCGUUAGAAAAGGGAAUCAUUUAUUACGAGGGUACGGUGAAGCAGCUACAAGACCUGACGGGCUGGUACGGGCACCAGGUGCUGUACUUCGGCGACCACCCGUACAGCGACCUCGCUGAUGUCACGCUCGAGCACGGCUGGCGUACUGGCGCUAUCAUUAAUGAGUUGACGCAUGAAAUCAACACCUUGAACACACAGUCGUUCAAGGAGAACGCGAACUGGCUGCAGAUGCUGACGCAGCUCAUUGAGGAUCACCAGGACUACAAGGACCCUGAAGCUUUGGAGGUCGUCACCGAGUGGAUGGCCGAAAGGGACUACCUCAGGAGUUGUUGUGUCAAUUGCAGGAAUGAAAUAAAGGCAGUGUUUAACCCACAAUUCGGUAGCGUGUUCCGUACAUACCACAACCCGACUUACUUCUCGCGGCGUCUGUUCCGCUUCGCCGACAUCUACACCUCGAACAUCUCCAACCUGAUGAACUACUCGCUCACGCACACCUUCUACCCGCGCCGCGGCGUCAUGCCGCACGAGUAUGGCUCUUAUUUCGUCUGAACUAAGUGUCAUUGUUAUCUAGCUAAUGUAAUCACUUCGAAUAAGAUUAAUUUUAUUUAUGAAUUAGUUUCGUAGCAAUGUCACCUGUCACGCUUGCUGCGAAACAUCUAGGAAUCUGUAAGAAUAAGAUACCUGAAUAGUUAAGCAAGAAUACUUUGAAAUAUGAACCGAUUGUCAUACGGUAUGAAUUAUUAUAAAUGUAUUAUCAGUGGUUUUAGAUAUUUUCAUGAUGUUUGUAAAUAUUUUUAGUUUAUUGUUUUAGCAAUUUAGUAUAAAUAUACAAUGUAAGACUAAUAUAUCUACACUGUGGAUAUACUGCAAAUCAUCCAACGGUAUUCUAGUCAGAAGUAUUUAAUAUAAGUCUUACAAUAAGUUCCUUUUAUUUAUUUUCUUACUAUAUACAUAUCUUUACUGUCAAUUGGUCAGCUAAAACAUAGGAAAAUGUAGUGGGUGAAUUUCAAUUAAAUAUAAGUGAAGUGCAGAGUAAGGCCUCGUCGUCUCAGCUAACAGAUGUAUGUCGAGUGACGACGCGGCUUUAGUCUGCAAACAAUUGCAUACAACAUUGAAGUAUUUAAAGCUAACUUUUAGUAUUCUUUAAAGAGGUAUUACGGGUUCAUUUUUAUUUUAUCGUGGUUUAUUUAAAACUUUUGCUAUUAAUUUGUAAAUUUUCGGUACAUCUUCUAUCAUUAUAUACCUAUAUUCUAUAUUCAACCAGACUGUAUAAUGCUGGUAAACUGUAAUCGCAAUAGGUCAAAGUUAUACAUUAUUAUCUCUACCAAGAAUCUUAUUUUUAUUAAGCAUUUUGAAAGGUGUUUUAACGAGUGAUUGAAAUGAUUGCAUAAAAAAUCGGCGACUUAGCUUGUACCGCGAUUUUAAUAUUUUAUGUAUAUAAGAUCGGUUUUUGUUAAUAUUGUUUGCAGUGAUUUAUAAGACAUAUUUUACAAAAAUAUUUUUGUUGCUGUUUUUAUAUAGGACUUUAUUGUUGCUCCUAUUGGUUGAGUAAGUGUAAUAUAACUAUGCAGGUCUUGCUAUAACUCAUAUUGUAAACGUAAUUAUACAUACUAUCCUUAGAAUGUUUAAUGCUCGAGUAUUACGACUUACCAAUAUAACCGAAGACUAGUGGCUAGUGUGUAUCACCUGUGCCAUGUUGAGACAAUAACAUAACUGGAUGCACGUCUUGUCGUCUUUCAUAGUUAUGAUCUGUAGUAAACCGUGUUUAGAUAAAAUUAAUUACGUAUCAACUAUGAAUAUUUUGUCUAAUCGUCAGUGUUUUAGAGAAAUGUUGCAAUAAAAAAAUAUUUACACUGAA